CUCUCCCACCGACGCAGCACCAAAGUUUUUAUAGAAACUUACCCUCUCAUUCAUAAUUAUGCGUGCAAUCAAGUUUGUUUUAAAAUGUAGCCAGGUGUCAAUCUUCCGGGCCGUUCUGCCACACGAAUCGUUUUCAGUCACGUAGAUUAGCCGCGUUUGCGUGACUAAAGACAGGACGUCUCUUCCAGAAAUGGCGGACUCUACUCGAUCGCUGCAUAUUUCGCUACCCACCCGAAAUACAGAAGAGUUCAACGCUUUCUUGGUUAAUAUUGCUGACGAAAUAACAGAAGAAGAUUUAGAGAAAAUGAUAUUUCUCUGUGACGGACAAAAAAACAAUAAUCAUUUGCCACGAGGAAAGCUCGUUGCUAUCAAAAAUCAAAUCGAGUUUUUGAGCUUCUUAUGCCAACACGGUAAAAUCAGCCUAGAAGAUGUGUCCUAUUUGGUAUGGCUUCUUAGAAACGUCGGACGUGCUGGGCUAGCCGCUUUGAUUGAGGAACAAGGUAAGAUUCUGGUAAAGACUCGUGUGUAGAUAGAUUUCUUAAGAUUGAAUGAGACUUUCAUCGUUUUUCCUUUAUGAAUAAUGCGAUUUGACAGCCUCAGAUUAAUUACUAUCGGGUCGUCGAUAAAAUCAAAGUUGAUCUAGCUUUGAGCGCUUGAAAAAAAUCAGAGAUAAAGAUAAAUGCGCCAAAAUUGGCGGUAUGAUUCACGGUCGAACAGUUUACAUUUGCAAAGUGCUGUAGCAUCUAAUGCUGUUUGAUUGGCAGUAAGAUUGACAAAUUUGAAAUAGCGUGCAUGCUCUGAGUUUAGUCUCUGAGUUGCGUACCGACCAUAUUGAGAGCAGUAAUUAGAUAACAGCAUAAUGUAUGACUAACACAUUCUAAAGACUCUACGAUUUUAUGCCAUUGUAUGCAUCGGUAUUAAUAUACAUACUGUUAGAUGUUAAGCUGUCAACCAACCGCGUAAAAUCCCUCAGUACGCCGUUAACUAACGGCGUUAAUUUGACUCAGUCGGUAAAUAAACAGUUACUGUAAGAUUUAAAAUUUUACGCCGUUAAAACACUUUUAUCAUAUCCUGGUUUAUUUUACACUUCGAAACGAACUCAUUAACAUGCCAGCGUUGAAACGGAAACUUUCUCAGGGAUAACGCACUGAAAUUGCGAAUCCUGUGAAAUUCUUCACGGAUUUCCAACUUUGGCCUAUCUAACGGCGAUAUUUAAUAUUUUGAAACCUUUUGCCGAGAAAUCGCAAUAAGUAAAAAUCUCCUAAAACCACUUGUGCCUCUUGCUGAUAAAAUAUUAUUAUACCAUAGCUAGUAAAUUUGUGUAAUCAAAUUCAAUUCACCUUUUUGGCCCUAGAUUCCACGUGGAGUGUCACGUGACUUUUGAUGUAAACAAACCCUUAAAGUUCGGACAUUGAAUCGAGCUCGCAGCACAUCCACUUUAAAGAAGUGUUCUUCGCUCAAAAUUGGUGUCUUCCUUUUAUCAUUUUCUGAUCGUUUAUCAAGUAAGUUGUCAUUUCGCUGCCGUUGAAACAGAUGCGAAGAAUGUUUCAGGAAGAAUUGCGGCAUGGAAUAAUCGAACUAGUUCUGCGUACUGUGAUGUAUCUGAUCAGGUAUUUUCGGGGUGUUGUGUGCGCAGAUUGUUAAAUAAAAUCACUUCUGUCUGAAAAUUAGUGCCCACGAAUCGCUGUAGAACGUGAGGAAGCCUUAAUUCCCAUACGAAAUUAUGUAUCUGGAUGUGGUUUCCUUAGCUGAUAAAUAUACCGAUUUUUUUUAACCUUAAGUAACUCAAGUGGGAAAUUCUGCGAAACUCAGAACAGCUUUCAAGAAGAGUCAAACUUAAGAAUGGUAGAUCACAAAGUAAAGCUGACUCAACGCAAUAAGUGUGGCAUAGCUUAAAAAAUAUCUACGAGAACGGGGGAUUUCAGCGAGCGGACACUUGGAACCUCGUUAGUGGAAAUCACCUCCGCAGUCGAAAAAAUGGUUCUGCCAGUGCAUCCAAAUUUCGAAAAGGCGACGCCACUGCUUUAGACGAAUUAGUAUUUCAUAAUAUGCUAAUACCCAAUCCAUUUUUCCUGAAGACUGUUGACAAUUUUAACACGUCCCCGCAGUUUGGAUUGUACGACAUUUUUAAUAAUUUGAUUCUUCUCCUGAACUCAUCACUGGCUUUACGCUCAGAUUUAAAAGAGCUUUGACUACUGCGUAUUCCUCUUUCGAUUUUCCAGUUUUGACGAGAAGAAGAAGCUGGAAGCUAGAGUUGCUCUCGGCUACGCCUCUAGCAACUCUUGCGCAUCUUUCGUGCUCUCCAAACUUCCUGCGUGCUUCAUAUCUCGAUGAACGCACGCUGAUGUAUGAACCAAUUGUUAAAUAGUUUAUGCUGCUUUUUGUAAUCUACUACCUCCACUUACAAAGAAGAACUCUUCAGUAUUCUUCUAAUUUAUCAAACAAAAAAACAAAAAAAAACUAACUUCAUUAUGCAAAGAAAUCUUUCAGCUUUAUCUUGCCUGUUUUAGAGCCUGUUUACCUGGAGGUGGGGGACCCCAGGUAGGUGAGGUAACCCGCCUAGCCGUGGUCGAAGAAUAAAACGCGUUUACAUGCAAUCUUACAACCCCGAGGUGCUGGGGUGCUGUUGUGCUUGUAAUUAGGGAGUGUGAGCAGAGGCUUCCCCAGCUAUGCGGGUUACCCCACCUUGACACGUCUACAUGGCAAAUUGUCACCCCGGCUGACAGGGUUACCCUACCUGGCAGACUGGGCAACCCGCCUAGGCGGGUCACUCCACCUAUCAUGUAAACGUGAUCAAAAUAAAAUAAGAAAUUAUAUGGACAGGCGGGUUACCUCACCUACCCGGGGUCCCCCACCUCCAUGUAAGCAGGCCCUUAACCAUUUCAAACUGCUGGUUUAGUUUCGGAAAACAUAGGAUUCUUUUCGGAAUUUAUCCACCGAAGAAAACAUUGGUCAACAGACAAAAACUUGGGAUACCACGGUCACAAACACUUCUGUCAUAUUACAGUGCAUCUAUAAGUACUGUCAUAUCUUUCUAGAUAUAAAAACACAACAGGCAAAUCAAGUGUAUUCUCUAACCUGUAAUCAGGCCUUAAAGACUAUUUUGCAUCUGGUAAUAGGAUAAAUUAAUUUCAACAUGGAUGGUGCUCGAAAUCCAUUGUCAAAGGUUCUUAAAAGGCUUAGUUAGUAACCUCUUCAUGAAUCUUUCCACUUAGGAGUUCAGGCACCAUGUGUUCCCUAAGAACUUUGAUAAUUUCCCUACCAUUUGCUCCCACAGUUCUUUGUCAAAUUUUACAGGUACUACUAAUUUCCCUUAAGAGUGUAGAUAAUAUGUAAGAUUACACUGUUCCAAUCCAGCUAAAGCUAGGUAUCCUUGCAUUUGAUGGUUCCAAAAAGUUAUUUUUUUGCAUAGUACUUGUCAGCCACUUCAUCAAGGCAGUGAGCUGCCCCAACAUGGGGUUGAAGAUUUCUUUUGCUUAAAUGCUCUUGAAACAUCACUUAUAGACUUGAAUUCUGCCUGGAGAAGCUCUCAGACAUGGAUACUGCUUGUCUGUAAAAAGACCACAUUGAAAAACCUCCAUACUCUUGUGUUAUGUUUAAUGUUCCUUGUUAUUCUCUUUGAUAGCCACAUCUUCCUUCUCAGAUGCGCGCAUCAGACGCGCAUAAUUUUGUCAUGUAUGUUAUUAUGCCAAAAAUUAUGCAAACAAAAUCAUAAAGGGCCUAUUUAGGUUCUUAUAUUUAGGGUUCCAUUGGUAUAUCCUCAACUUGUUUUUGGGACAUCUGUUGUGAUCGGCUACCGUUCUUGUAUCUGUUCAAACUUUUUUCAUUUUUUUUUUUCGUAUUUUAGGUAUACCGUCGUCGCCGGGUGGUCAACCUCAAAAUCUGCCGUGUUUAACCAAGCACUUUGUUGGAAGAGACGCGGGCGUAGAUGAAAUCAUAAAGAAAGUGGAGACCUUUCGUAUGGUUGUUCUUCUUUCUAUCCCAGGAAUGGGGAAGACUGAAGUGGGAAUCCGUGUAAGUCACUUAUUAAAGCAGCAAAGAGUUGACCAGUUUGUAACACAUAUCCGAGUAGAGAGUCAUCAUCAGAAGCUCGUAGACAUCUGCAGUGAGAUUCUUGAUCGAUUAAGUAGUCGCACACAAAACUAUCGGAGCGAAAUAUCCCAACUGUCAUUGUGCUUGACAAUACAGAGAAUAUACAGGGCGAGGAAUUUGAUGAAUUCACUAGAUGGCUAGUAAAAUCUGCCCCGAAUAUAAAGUUGAUGAUCACAACUCGAAGACAUGUUGGAUUCGUGUCGCCAGACGUUUGUAAGUUUUCUCUUAAACCUUUGGAUCUCGACUCGUCUGCUAAACUGCUUCAGAGUCUUGUUGAUGACUGUAGUGAGGAACACUCUAAGGAACUUGCUAAAUUAUGUGGUGGGAUACCACUCCUUCUUGUGACCUGUUCUGACUUGCUGAACAAUGGUUUUAGUCGCGAGCUGUUAAUCCAACAGCUCGUGAAUAAUCCCAUACAAUUUUUCAGGAUCAGUGCGAAAGAUGUUUAUAGCACACUGAAAGUAUUUUUUGACAAUUUUUCCGACGAGGUCAAAGAAAAUCUUGUCCUUUUUUCUGUUUUCCCAUCGGAGUUCACAGCUCAAGACAUUAAGUUUCUUUUUGAAAGUCCUUUACUCUGUGAAACAGUGAAGACCAAGAUGGUCAAGUAUGCUCUCCUUCAGAGGGACGCCAAUGGAAAGAUGAGGAUGCAUCCUUUGAUCCAAGACUACUUCCGGACAGAGAAUGAAUCACUAGGUAAGGGUGACCUGUGGCGCACCACUCAGCGUAAAUUUAACCGUCAUUACCUUGGUCAGCUGAAAGUCUUGAGCGAAGAUUUUAUAAGCAAAAAUUCUGCUUUGAUUGCCAUCCAUAAGUUUCGACAGCAGAAAGCGAACAUCAUGGAAGCGCUGAAGAAUUGUAUCGAAGACUCUAGCGAUUUAGAUGACAAACAUUUCGUUUUAGACGUCGUUAACGGUACAGAAGUGCUGGAUUUUGUGGCAAAAGUUCUAACACCCCCUAAAGAGUGCACAGUGCUGUACCAGAAAUGCUGUGAUAUCGCUGAAGCGUCCGGCGACAAGAAGAGGCAUGCAGAGAGCUUGAAUUCACUGGGAUUCCGUCGUCUCUGUGACGUGUCUCACAGCAAAGACAGCCCAGAAGAAAAUCAAGUCACACUUGCAAAGUUUCAGGAAGCAUAUGACAUGCGCAGGGCAUUACCAGAGGAGGAACAAAAGUCCCAAACGCAUGCGCACACAGCUAGUAAGCUCGGAGUAUGUUUUGUAUUGCAGGUGAGAUCAUGGUAAUUUUAAAAGAGGACCGCGUGUCUUUUUUUUUUGUUUUGAUUUCCCGCCUUAUCUCUUCCUUUUUAAGGAGAAUUUUGUCAAUGGUUUCCUUUUUAGGUACCAUCCCUGCAUUUUUAUUUGUGGGGCUCAUGAGAAUCUAACGCUGAGGAGAAGUGUUUAAGUUCUUCUCGUGUACUGAAGAUUAUAGGAAAUCUAGUAAAACUAUCAAUUACGGCGGAAAUGGGCGAGUUUGCGUCAGUCCUAAUGAGGUGUCACUCGCACUAAGGUAGACUGGAUCGGGAUAUUUACAAGAUUUGUUUGUUUUGCAGGGAAAAGAGAAAAAAGGACGAGAGCUCAUACAGGAAGGAAUUUCAAUAAGAAAUUCUUUAAGUGGUUGUUUGUAUGUUGCUGCUGGAUACUGUGACCUUGGAAGUAAGUAAAUGUUUUGAUUUUUACUCCGUAUGACACCUGCAUAUCCUCGUAGGAGACUGGAUGGAGGCUGAAAGGAUGACAAAGUGCACUGUGAAAUUCUUAAUUGGGUGCUUUCUUUUUAAAAACCGAGAGAAAAACAAAUAAAUUUCCAAUUAAAUGAGAACUGAAAAGAGGAAAUACUAAACUCAUGUAUUGGAAUCUCGUCGAGUCUUAUUUUCAUGGAGAAAGAGGGAAUGGUGUUGUCUAUAGGCUUCGACGUGAAAGUGAAAGAAUCAUUUCUGAAUCCUUGAUCCCCUAACAGCCUAACUUCCGCAUGAAUAUUCUCCAUACUGUUCCAAAAACAUUUCCAAUGGUAUUGAUAAGGAGCAUUUGGUCAACAGCCAAGAUCUCGCUUCUUUAAUUGGCCUCCGUUUGAUUUAUUUUUCAUGCGCUUAAUGUUUGAUUCAAAAGGUGCUAUUGCAAGGAAAUUCGAAUUUGGAAACCUUGGGGUUAAAAAGGUUUAUUAGUCUGACAGAGAGUUAAUUUGUGAUAUGGGGUGGGUUUAUUAAUUUGAGAAGGAAACUAAUUUUUCUAACCCAUUUGAGAAAUAGCUCUUUAAAAGUUUACGGUUUACAAGCUUUAUAUUCUUUGACGAAAUCACCCUCGACGCGUACCGGCUUUGAAUCAGAGGUCAAUCUCUUUCUUCAUACCAGUUGUUUCUUUUUUAAAGGCGGUAAGGAUUCAUUUAACUAUGUAAAAGUUAUAUCUUGUCUUCACACUUUGUUAGUUUCUUAUCGACUGUGUGGUGAUCAUCAAAAAGCAAUCGCUAUAUGGAAAGAGAACACCCUUCCAGUUUACGAAAAGCAGCUUGGUGACCACCCCUGGACAGCUUCAAUUUUGUCCUACAUUGCUGACUCGUACAAGUCCCUUGCGGCCAAAGGCUCUGAGCGAAAUGAGCGAGAUUACAUCGACCAGGCAGAGAAGUACCUCAGGAAGGCUCAAGAGUUACGAAAGAGGCUGUUGGGUCAUCAUCAGGACACAGCUCGUUCGGGCGUUCAGCUUAGCGAUGUCUUAGUCCUUCAAGGACGAUUCGAUGAGGCUUUGAAGGAGCUCGACGAGGCCUUAGUAAUUCAAAACGAUAUUCUGGGCCCCGACCACAAGAUCACGAAGGAUACUGUGAGCAAAAGGAGUGAUGUGAUAGACAAACGAGGAUCAAAUCCUCGUUAAUUGCGUAUUCACAAAACCGAAACUCGAGGUAAACCUCUUGGGUCUUGGUGAACAGACUGAAGUAUGUAUACAAAACUUAGGCCAACCAGUAUCUCGUCAGUGUUGCCAGGAAAUCUUCUUAAUUCUUUGGCAUGUUGUCAAAAUCAAGUUUUUGCCUUCUUCCAUCAUUGUUACGUACGACUUUUACAGUUGGGUUCAUCCCUAUCGUGUGUAUUGUGUUUUGGUAUUGUGUAUUGACAUACCACAAAAUCAAAG